CUGAUUCCGUUUAUCAUUUUGUGGCCUAAUUUGACGCGUAAGGAAGGGGACGAAGGCAGGGGACGGAGGCGCAAUAAACACCAUUUUCCCAGGAAAGUGAAAGAAAAAACGAGCGAGAAAAUGGGGUUAGCAGCAGCGAUUGGGGUAGUCAUACCUUUCCCAUUCUACUAUUGGCUAUGGCAUUAUCCACGGACAUGGGUAGACCUGUGUGGGAAAGUGCGAGACCCAUCGAAAGUGAUGGCCUAUGUAUCCCAUGUCCUCAAGCUCAUUCAGCUCCUCUCCCUCUUCUCCGUCUCCACUUUCUCUUGGCCUCCUCCUCUCUACUUCUGGCCCCUCAUUGCCUUUGGCCAGUUCCUCAACUUCAGGGUGUAUCAGUUGCUGGGUGAGUCCGGGACUUACUAUGGAGUACGUUUCGGAAAGAACAUUCCCUGGGUGACAGAAUUUCCAUUUGGGUAUAUACAAGAUCCUCAGUACGUAGGAAGCAUUAUGAGUUUAUUUGCAUGUCUAUCUUGGGUACCUUUUCAAUACAUUCUCUUGUGGACAUUAGGCUAUGUGUUUAUGAUACAUAUAGAAUCGAACGAAGAUCCUACUACCCGUGCCAAGCCACUUUCUUAACUGCAGCAGUUGCCAACAGACAGAACAAAUAGCAACCAUGGAAUAAUUGAGCCAUGGAACAAUUUUACCACAUUUGUUCUAUGAAAAAUGCAAGAUUUUCUUGUUUAGAUGACACUUAGUUUUGAUGUCUUGUUCAUUUAUGCUAAAUGUGUUUUUAGUUAUCUUUAUCAGAGAUUUAGUUGUAACGACAUUGAGUUAUUUAUCCAGUAUGGUAGUUCCUCUUA